UACACUCGUCCCCAGGACAAAUAACAGGGUUUACCUCUUCCUUCCUUUGAGUUAUGGUAGCGUGAAGGAUGUACCAUGAGCACCGGGCUGUCGCUUCUUUGAGUCGGACUGCUUUGAAGCGAGGGGGGCUCCGGCGCAUCUUGGGCUUGUUUCGCAGUUGAAUUAUUUUGCUGAACAUGUUGGGAUCAGACUGAAGCAUCAUGGAUCCUGAGGAGUUAGAACUGCAGAAUGACUACCGAUACCGCAGCUAUGCGUCGGUCAUUGAAAAGGCGCUGCGAAACUUUGAGUCCUCGAGUGAGUGGGCAGAUCUCAUCUCCUCCCUCGGAAAGCUCAAUAAGGCCCUGCAGAGUAACCUUCGUUACUCGCUCCUGCCCAAGAGGCUGAUCAUAGGGAAGCGUCUCGCUCAGUGCCUGCACCCGGCACUGCCAAGCGGAGUGCACCUUAAGGCUCUGGAGACCUAUGAGGUCAUUUUCAAAAUCAUAGGAACAAAAUGGCUGGCCAAGGAUCUAUUCAUUUACAGCUCAGGGUUGUUCCCGCUGUUGGGCCAUGCAGCCAUGGCAGUGAAGCCUAUGCUACUGUCCCUGUAUGAGCGUUAUUAUCUCCCACUGCAGAAGGCUUUGGUGCCCAGUCUUCAAGCCUUCAUAACAGGACUACUGCCAGGCCUGGAGGAGGGACUAGAUAUUUAUGACAGGACUGACACGUUACUGUACAAGCUGUCACUGCUGGUGGGUCACCAGGUGUUCUACAGUGCGCUGUGGGGCAGUAUGCUGGUCACCCCUAUGGUGCGACUGCCUGCCUCCAUCUUUAUAGUCUCACAUUAUGACCAAAUGGCAUCCCAGGGCCAGCAAACACACAUGCUGGGCUACGACCACCGACUGGUGAUAAAGUCGGUGUGUCUUUCUCUGCAAGAUUCAAAUGUCCUAGUGCAGAGAAACAUGCUUGAAAUCCUGCUCUACUUUUUCCCCUUUGCUCCAUGCCUGGACCCAGCAGCAGCCGGUAUUGUCAUUACUGGUAAAGACAUGAUAACAAUGGUGUCUUCAGCCUCACUUACCCUACUCCGCAGAGACAUGUCCCUCAACAGACGUCUCUACGCCUGGCUGCUAGGGACUGACAAAAAAGGAGGAAUGGUGGCACCACACCCCACUCUGUCUGCUACCAUAGAGGAACAUACAGCGUUCUACUUCAACAACUAUUCGAGAGAUUUCCUUGUGCAGGCUCUGAUUAACAUCCUCAAACAGAAAGAUGUGGAAAAUGACCCAGAAAAUGUGAUUGGAUACCUCCGGCCUUUUCGUAUCAUCAUGAGUCUGCUGGAUAAACAAGAGAUAGGUCCGGUGGUCUUGAGCAGUGUGUUGCUGGAGGUGGUCCGAGCUUUCUACAGCUAUUGUCAAGAGAUGGUCGGGGAAAAGACCACCACCAGCUCAGGGCUCUCAGGCAACCAGCUAGCCAGGAUGAAAGAGAAUAAAAAUGCCUCUGAGAUCAUAAAGACAAUGAAUAUGCUUGUGAGCUCCAUGAACAGUGAAUACCUGUGGGAGUACAUGACCCGACGCUUCUGCAUUUCUAUCAGUGACAAAGAUGACCCACCAACACCUCCUCCGCAGGAGCGAAAUCACCCCGCUCCGUCUGUCUCAGAGAUGUCCAGUCUCAUCAUUUUCCUGCUUGACGUUCUUCCUCUGGAGCUCCAUGCUGACAUCCAGUCCCAGUACCUUCCUAAGAUGCUGGGCACCAUGCUGCAGACCCUGCACAGCCACAUUGACUUUGUUAGCUUGGAAGAUAUAACACAGAGUCUGCGCGCCUGCUUUAAGGUCCUGAGUAAGAUCCAGAUGCCUGUGGCGUUUAUGGAAGUCGAGGCAGUGUCGCAGACAGAGGAAAUGGAGCAGCCACCAGAGGAGGAAAACAAAAAGGAUAUAGAGAAGGAGGAAGAGAAAGAUGGCAGUGUUGCUCAGGUUAAUGGACACAAUGGAGAAGAAGAGCUGAACCGAGAUAGUGGAGAUGAGGCAGAAGCUACAGAUGGUGUUUACCCAACACUCAGGUCUGAAGACAGCGGAUUGGGUGUCAGCGCCUCACCUUCAGAGCAGCAUCUCCCACCAGGAAUGGGGGUGGAGGAGGAGGGAAAUGGACUUUGCAAAGAAGAUGAGGGAGUGUGGAGGCAGGGAGGCAGUGUGGACACCAUGACCCAGUGUCUGCAGAACAUCCUGGCCUUCAUAACCACAAAAUACCUGUUGGUACAGGUGGAGGAUGUUGGAGGACCGGAGGAAGGACCCCAGCCUGACAAGCUUAAACUCAGCGCUGCAGCUGAUGCCCAACUCUCAGCAGCCCCCACAGAGAAGAAAAAGGAUCGUGGGAAUUUAGGUUGUCUGGACUGGGCGGCUGGAUACAUGCCCCGGGGCAGGGCAGAGAUCCCUGAUGCCUGUCGACAGGCUUUCACAGCAACCUGCCACCUGCUGCUGGAGUGCGCCACCUUCCCUGUCUACCUGAGUGAAGAGGAGACUCAUGUUCUCCACACAGACAUGUCUGUCCACACAGGUAGCAACAUCGAAAGCCUGCCAGUAUGGUUGAGGUCCUUGAUGACACUGUGCUGCAUGUCCAGGGAUUACAGCAUCCAGCACAAUGCAGUGGCCUCUUUGUUAGAACUCAUCAACCACUCCCAGUCCUUAGCACUGGUCAUCCAGGACAAGCACAGACGCUACCAAAGAUGUGACUCCAACCCUCUGAGUGGGCGGCUGCAGAUGGUCACUGUGCCACCCAUAUUCCCUGCUGUGCUUCGUGCCAUAGAGGAAGGCACAGAUUUCUAUCAGAGGGUGUCCCAGGUACUGUGGAACCAGCUGGACACAGAGCGGAGAGAGCAGCACAUUUCCUGUGUGGAACUCUUUUACAGGCUUCACUGUUUGGCUCCGUCAGCGUCCAUCUGUGAAGAUAUCAUCUGCCAGGCAAUGUUGCACAAAGACAAGGCUGUUAGGCUGGAAGCACUGCACCGCUUUACAGUUCUGUGGCACCUGACCCGGGAGAUCCAGACCAACAGGGCCAUGUGUCUCAAUCGCUCCUUUGACCGGUCUCUAUGUGUUGUGGUGGACAGUCUGAGCUGUACAGAUGGCUCAAUAAGUGCAGCAGCUCAGUGCUGGCUGGUCAGGGCUCUUUCCCUCAAUGAUGUCGUUCGGAUCCUGGAGCCUAUUCUGUUGCUGCUGCUUCACCCCUCCACUCAGCGCCGCACCAUCCAGAGCAUUAAACAAAAUCUCACUGCUGGGAACCUGAAGGGUCUAAGCAACAGAAGUCGAAACUCCAGCAAAAAUUCUGGGACAUCUGUGGAUUUGAUGGCAACAGAGGUCACCACCUUAAAUCUCAUGAUCAUUGUGGACCGGGAGACCCUGUGGGUAGAGUUAGACAGUGGCCCAGAGGUGGGCAAAACACCAAACACUUUAGUGGAAUCUAGGUGUGAGAGUGAAGAGACAGAAGAGGAGGGGGACAGAGAGCAGGAUGAUGAGGUGGAGGAGGAGGAAGAGGAGGAGGAGGAUGAAGAAGACGUUGAGAGUGAACACACUGAGUCAGCUGACACUAGUGGUGCCCAGGUGUCCACUGAGAACUCCAGCUCAGGCUCCGUCCCCUACGGCACCGUUGAGGAUGGAGGUGUGGUCAACGGCCUGCGGAGGGCAGAAUCAGAUCGCACACAGGCAUCUGAUUCGCUGUCAAGUGAAGAUGAGGAGGAUUUGGAGCUACAGGCCAUGGCCAGGUCUCGCCUGUUAAAACAGGGGCGUGAGAAGAGAGAGGCCAUCGACUCUCUGUUCUGCCAUGUUCUUCUGUAUCCUGUAGCGGGCAGCUGGCGCCAUCUGCUUCAAGGCUUGUCACUGCUAGACAGCCUGCUGAGGAGCAGUGCAGAGUGCCCUCUGGUGGAUGUCCUCUGCCACAAUUCUCUAGACACAAGCUCUGCUGCACAUUUAAACCUGGUCUCCAACCUCCUGCAGCGCCACCAACAGGCUCAGGAUGGUCAUGACUUCUAUGGCGGCUUGCUUUCCCCUUCCUCCUCCCCCUCUGUGCCCCCAUCCCUGCUCAUUGAACUGCUGAUGUGCUUGUGCCUGCGAUUCCUGCGCUCUCAAUUCCCCUCCUAUCUGAUUCUGGGUCCCCUUGACCUGCAGGGGAACAGGGAGGUUCAGGUGAAAAGUGUGGAGGUGCUGACCCGGAUCGUGAACCAGCUUUGCUGCAUGGCACAGAGACAAGAGGGCAAUGGGGCCAGGCUGGAGCACAUCCGCUCACUCCUCUCAGGAUGCAAAGUGCAGAAGUAUGCUCUGAUUACACUUUCUGCCUCCAUGUAUGUCAGCCAGAGGGGGACAGACAAGGGAGUACCCAAGGGUGUGGAGAUGCUGGAUGAGCAGGGACACCUGUCUGAAGAGAGCUUGGUGAAUCUUGGCGCAGGAGGGGGACAGGAACAAUUCCCCUUACAAAUGGAACUACUGAAACUCCUCCAGGCUCUCAUAGUCCUGGAGUACCAUGUGUGGCCUGGCAGGGCUGUCUCAGCAGCCGGGUCAGCACCUGGCCAGCCCGCAGAGCCUCGUGGAUCCCCAACUGCCACCACUCCGCUUGCUCGUGAAUGGCAAACUGCAGUUCUUUUUCAGCAGUCUAUCAAGGCAGCCCAGUACGUCCAAAACAACCCCAUCACAGCCCAAGGAAUGUUUGUUUCUGCCGCAGCCAGGGCUCUGCAGCCACAGUACGGCUACGCCAUGCACCCCCACUGGGUGUCACUGCUGUGCUCCUCUCUGCCGUACUUGGGUCGCUCAUUAGGCAUCAUCGUGGCUCCACUCAUCAGUCAGAUCUGCAGGAACCUGGAUGAACUGGUUAAGCUUUCAGAGCAUGAAGGAGGAAAGACAAAUCAGAGCCUCAGUGGCAGGAGGGAAAACAUUGCUCCUGACUACCCUCUGACUCUGCUAGAAGGCCUGACCACCAUUACACACUAUUGUCUUCUGGACAACAAGAGGUCCUUUGUUGCCUGUGACCCUGUGGAUGUCCGUAAUGCACGCAACGCUGUGAUUGAAGCACUCCCACACAUGCUCAGUAGCAUGGCAUUGUUAUGGGGGGUGGUCAUGAGGGAAGAGUUGCAGAGGCGGUCAUCGGACGCUGCCCAGAGCAGUAGACACACUUCUACCUCUGUCUACUUUAAAAGCACCAAGAUCUUACGGCAGCGGAUACUGGAGUUCCUGGUCCCUCUAACUGGGCAGUAUGGGAUUCAGCUGAUGGCUUCACUGGGAGCAGUGUGGAGCAGCAGGAAGAGUAAAAAGAGACAUAAAAACAAAGUUUUACCUGUGGCCAGUGAGUCUCGUCUAACCAUUGUGUCUCUGGUGAAGUCUUUGCACACCUUGCCAACAGAUGCCAUCCUACAAUUGGUCAAGGAAGUAGUGAAAAAGCCACACCAGAUCAAAGGAGAACAGAAGUCAAGCCUGGUAGAUAUCCCCAUGUUACAGUUCAGCUACGCCUACAUCCAAAGCCUUUCAGCUCAGACCCUGCAAGAAAACGUGGCUCCUCUCCUCAGUCUGUUACGGGAGUCUGUCCAGCUCAACCUGGCUCCGCCUGGACACUUCUUGUUGCUGGGAAUACUCAACGACUUUGUCAAUAGGCUCCCCAACCUGGACAAUAAGAAAGACACUAGAGAUCUGCAGGAGGUGACUCAGCGGAUCCUCGAGGCAGCGGGUGGGAUCGCAGGAUCAUCUCUGGAGCAGACCAGUUGGCUCAGCCGCAGCCUUGAGGUCAAAGUUCAGCCACAGGUGUGCCCUGAAGCAGACGAACCUGAUGAUGCAGAAGCGGAUGGUGACCAUUAUGAGUCAUUGGCUCAAGCCAGCACCAUGGUUUCCUCUUCAGUUCCUUCAGUUUACAGCGUGCAAGCUCUUGUACUCCUGGCUGAGGUCUUGGCACCACUUCUGGACAUGGUAUAUCGCAGCGAUGAGAAGGAGAAAGCAAUUCCUCUCAUUUCUCGGCUCAUGUACUAUGUUUUCCCCUACCUGAAGAACCACAGUGCCUACAACAUGCCCAGCUUUGAAGCAGGUGCUCAGCUGCUGAGCAGUCUAAGUGGGUAUGCCUAUACCAAAAGGGCCUGGAGGAAAGAGGUCUUUGAGCUCUUCAUGGACCCCCUCUUCUUCACCAUGGAUGCCUCCUGUGCUGCCAGUUGGAAAUCCAUCAUUGACCACCUACUGACUCAUGAAAAGACCAUGUUUAAAGACCUAAUGAGCAUGCAGAGUGGCUCCCUGAAACUGUUUACCAAUGUAGACCAGAAACCCAUGCUGCUGAAGCGCCAGGCGUUUGCUAUGUUCAGUGGAGAACUCGACCAGUAUCAUCUCUACCUGCCCCUCAUUCAAGAACGACUCACUGAGGCUUUGCGUAUGAACCCUAGCCCUGGUGUUUCAGCCCAGAUGUUCCUGAUGUUUCGUGUUCUCUUGUUGCGGAUUUCAUCCCAGCACCUCACAUCUCUCUGGCCAAUCAUGGUCACAGAACUGAUUCGCAUAUUUGCACGUCUAGAGAAAGCGUUGCAGAUAGAAAAAGAUGUCUCAAAGCUGGCUAAAGUGGUGCGCGGAGCCCUUGACAAGAAUGGACCCGUUAAUUUCUCUCAGGCAGAGUUGGGCAUGUACCUGUCAGCCUGCAAGUUUCUGGACACCUCCCUGGCUUUUCCUCCAGAGAGGAUGCCACUCUUUCAGAUGUAUCGUUGGGCAUUUGUCCCUGAGGUGGAUGUGAACCGCUACAGCGGCCCAGAGAAUGCUCUGAUGGAAGGCGAGCAGGAGUGCCGACCGCAUGUGGUCAAAGUACUGGAAGCGAUACAGCAGCGAUAUGGGGCAAUGAGUGGGCUGAGUGAGGAAUCGUCCACAGAGCAUUUGGAGUUCCCCCUCCUCACCCAACGCUCCCUGUCGUCCAUCACCCAGCUAUUGCCCUUCCUCCGCACCCUUUGCUGUUCAUUCCAGUGCCCUCCUCCAUACAGCCAUCCAAUGCAACACUUUCCAGUAGCAGAGUACCCAGCAGCCAGUGCAGAUACAGUACUGAAGAGACUGGAGUGCAUCACUGAAGAAGAGUUCCUUGACUGCAUGGAGAGUUAGAACUCGAGCAUGACACUUUCAUGAACUAAGUCCUCUUCUAAAGCUCUUUGACCUGCAGCCAUAUGAGUGGAAUAACUUAAAUAGGCCCAGGCGUUGAUAAUGUUGUAUUGUGAACCAGGAAAAAAAGGAAAUGUUUUGGAAUUCUGUUUUUUAAUGUUUUAACUUGUCUAAACUCCACAUAAAUACAUGUAACUCUGAGGUGCUGCCACACUGAAUCUGUAAUGCAAAAAUUGGACUUUGUUGUUGUUAUUUCAGUGGGCUUUUUAGAUAUCUGAAAAAAAACAUGAUGAAGUAUUAAUUACAACUUACUGUGGAAUGCAUAUUUUUCUCUAAAGGUUGAGUGUAUAUGAAAUAUUCACACAUUGAGAUUAUGUCGGUUUACUUGAUAUGGUUAAAAACUAAAAAUGGUUCCACUAAAAAUAGGUUUUGUUUAAACCAACUUCAAAUGUUUACCUAUUGUUAUUAUUAGGCAUGCCUCUAAUAAUAACAGUAGUCCCAGUAAAUCAUUUUUAGUUUUAACACCAGAAACAGAUUCACUGUGAAGAACCUCAUUAAGUAUUGUUAAUGUCUUCUUUCAGACUUUAGCAUAACCUCUAGUUAACAACACAUCCUGCUAUGUGUAUAAUGUCUGUCUGACUCCGGGAAUGUAAAGGCUGCAGUAUAUGGCUGCUGUUGUAAAGGUACUUUCUCUUGCUAUUCAUUACGGGACCUCACAAACCUGGCUAAGAUUUGUGUUAAGAGUCGUAUGAUUAAGUUACUGAAUGUGAUUUGUGUACUCUAGGAAAACCCUUUGAAAUGUUGUUGGGUGCACCCUGCUUAAAUACAUGCUUGCCAAUUUUGGUGUUCAAGGGAAAUCAGCCUUUCUUUGUAAUUGUUUGUGGAUAGUUUUUGCAACUGCCUGUUGUCUUUCUUUCCACAAUGCUGAAUGUCUGUAAUUUAUUUAGGAUGUCAAAAGGACCAUGUCAAGUUUUGAAUUAACAGAACAAGAUUCAUUAAAUUACAUAUUAAGCUUAAA